CCGCGGGAAAUUUGGCGGGCACCGCGCCCGCCCCUUCCUUCUUUCCUUCUUCCUUCCUUGCUUUCGCCGCGCACUCCGCCGCCAUGGAGCAGCGCCGCGUCACCGACUUCUUUGCGCGCCGCCGCCCCGGGCCCCGCAUCGCGCCGCCCAAGCUGGCCUGUCGCACCCCCAGCCCCGUCAGACCCGCACUCCGCGCCCCAGACUCCGCCACCAGCGGCAGCCGCAAGCGCGCCCACCCGCCCGCCGCCCCCGGACGCGACCAGGCCAGGCCGCCCGCCCGCCGGAGGCUGCGGCUGUCGGCGGACGCGGUUUCCAGCCCCAGUUCCCCCGAGGCCCCUGACUCCCCCGAGGCCCCAGACAUCCCAACCUGCCCUUCUCUGGGCCAGAAGAUAAAGAAAUCCACCCCGGCAGCAGGUCAGCCACCCCAGCUGACAUCCUCACAGAACCAGGACACCAUCUCUGAGCUUGCGUCAUGCCUCCAACGGGCCCGGGAGCUGGGGGCAAGAGUCCGAGUGCUGAAGUCCAGUGCCCAGGAUGUUGGAGAGUCCUGUACCCCAGAGGCCAAUGGCCACCCUGAGGAGCCAUGUGGCGAGAAGGCGCCUGCCUACCAGCGCUUCCAUGCCCUGGCCCAGCCUGGCCCACCAGGGCUUGUGCUGCCCUACAAGUACCAGGUGCUGGCGGAGAUGUUCCGCAGCAUGGACACCAUUGUGGGCAUGCUCCACAACCGCUCUGAGACACCCACCUUUGCCAAGGUCCAGCGGGGCGUGCAGGACAUGAUGCGCAGGCGUUUCGAGGAGCGCAAUGUUGGCCAGAUCAAAACUGUGUACCCGGCCUCCUACUGCUUCCGCCAGGAGCGCGGCGUCCCCACCUUCAAGGAUGGUGUCAAGAGGUCAGAUUACCAGCUCACCAUCGAGCCACUGCUGGAGCAGGAGGCUGACGGAGCAGCCCCUCAGCUCACGGCCUCGCGCCUCCUGCAGCGACGGCAGAUCUUCAGCCAGAAGCUGGUGGAGCACGUCAAGGAGCACCACAAGGCCUUCCUGGCCUCCCUGAGGCCCCCCAUGGUGGUGCCAGAGGACCAGCUGACCCGCUGGCACCCACGCUUCAACGUGGAUGAAGUGCCCGACAUCGAGCCAGCUGUGCUGCCCCAGCCACCCGCCACGGAGAAACUCACCACUGCUCAGGAGGUGCUGGCCCGGGCCCGCAGCCUGAUGUCACCCAGGAUGGAGAAGGCCUUGAGUCAACUGGCCCUGCGCUCUGCUGAGCCCAGCAGCCCCGGGUCCCCCAGGCCAGCACUGCCGGCUACCCCACCAGCCACCCCGCCUGCAGCCUCUCCCAGUGCUCUGAAGGGGGUGUCCCAGGAUCUGCUGGAGCGGGUCAGAGCCAAGGAGGCACAGAAGCAGCUGGCACAGAUGACGCGGUGCCUGGAGCAGGAGCAGCGGCUGCAGCGCCUAGAACGGCUGCCUGAGCUGGCCCGCGUGCUGCGGAGCGUCUUCGUGUCCGAACGCAAGCCUGCGCUCAGCAUGGAGGUGGCCUGUGCCAGGAUGGUGGGCAGCUGUCGCACUGCCAUGAGCCCCGGGGAGAUGGAGAAACACCUGCUGCUCCUCUCUGAGCUCCUGCCAGACUGGCUUCGCCUUCACCACAUUCGCACUGACACCUACGUCAAACUGGACAAGGGUGCGGACCUGGCCAGCAUCACUGCACGCCUGGUCCGCCAGGCCCGCGCUGAAGAGGGGCUGUGAGCCUGGGGGCCACUGGACAGAUGGGGGCUUCAGGCUCACUGGCUUGGGGCCACCAGCAUUUUCUUUUAUGAACAUGAUGCACUUUGCUCUCCCUUUCCAGAGUGCCCCUGAGGGCCAGAGGCAGAGAUGGGCUGCAGGCUGCACAGCCUGAGGGUCUCUGGCUGCGGGUGGUAGCCCCUGCAUGGGGCUCCCCUGGUGGAUUCACAUUAAACCAGUUUCUGUGGGCA